UUGUUUUCAUUCUUCAUUCGUAUCACAAUAGCGAAAAUCGCUUUAUUUAUAGAACGCAAUAAAGCUUCCUAGUUUCAGCUUUUCGGUUCCAAUACACAGAAAAUAGUCCACAUCUGAACCGGUGACGACACACAUGCGCCAGUGUACGGGGAUGUGCGGUGAAUAGGUUAAAUAUAGCGCAACCGGCUGCAUUCUUCCGGUACAUUAAAACACAACUAUCGGUGCUGUGCGCCCUGCUGCAGGAGCCGAAUCGAGGAGUUUCUCCGCUGGUGAACGUGCUUGCAAACAUGAUUAAACCAUACGAAGAUCCACCGCUGAUCGGGGACUGGUGCCGGGAGAAACGGUUGGGCAAUGGAGGUUUCGGUGUGGUCACACUCUGGAGGAACAAGCAGACGCAACAGGCAGUCGCGAUAAAGAAAUUCCACAUUCUACAAGAUCGCAGCGAAAUCACCGAUAAGCACUGCGAGCGAUGGCGCAACGAGGUGAAGCUGAUGACGGAAACCGUCCAGAAUGAAAACAUCGUACGGACGGUCAAUGUACAGCCGACCUCCUUUAUCCAGGAGCUGCUGCGUAGCUCGGCCAAUGGGCUGCCGGUACUGUGCAUGGAGUACUGUGAGGGUGGUGAUUUGCGCCGUGUACUGAACCGGGUGGAAAAUUGUUCCGGACUGCGGGAACAGGACGUACGGGAUGUGUUGCGCUCGCUGCGUAACGCUGUUGCGUACCUGCACAGUCUAAAAAUAACGCACCGGGAUAUAAAGCCGGAAAAUUUGGUGCUUAAGCAGCAGGGCGAACGGUUCAUCUAUAAGCUUACAGAUCUCGGGUAUGCAAAGGCAUUGGACAAGCAGAGCCUUAAUGCAAGCCUGGUCGGCACGGUGGAGUACAUUGCACCGGAUCUGAUUUACUGCGAUCGGUACAACUGUUCCGUCGACUAUUGGUCGAUGGGUGUGAUUGGGUACGAGAUUAUCACAGGCGUACGUCCGUUCAUACCGCACGCACCGAUAACGCGCUGGAUGAUGCACGUACAGCAGAAAAAAUCGGCCGACAUUGCGAUCACGGAAGACAAUCGGGAAAACUACACGUAUCACACGGACAUAUUUCCCGAAAACCACAUAUCCGACUGUCUGCGCAAGGAGCUGGAGAGCUGGUUCAGGCUGGCGCUUGAGUGGAAUCCAAAGAAGCGCGGAUACGUCCCGUACACCAAAGCAGAACCAUCAUUAGCGAACGGAGAAAAUGGUACCAAGGGCGUGAAGCAAACCGAGGACAACAAACCUUCGACAGUGUUGAAGAUAUUUUCCCUGCUCGAUCAAAUACUGGAAAAGCGAAUUUUAGUGCUUUUCUCACUGUACGACUGCCGGUGGAUCGAUCUCGAGGUAACGCCGGAAACCGGCAUGGAAACGUUACGCGACCACGUGUACCGAGUGACCGGCAUUCCGGUGGAUGAUAUCGAGUUUGUGCUGCCGCUGGAGCAGAAGCAACCGGCCGUAGGAAACGAUACGCGCCCGUACGAUCUGUAUCUACCGGACUUUUACGGCAAGCCGAUGGUGUACGUUGUCCAUCGGGGCAGCCGGGACAGCAUCGUGCAGCGUGAUCUGAAACCACGCAUACCGAAAAGUAUUACGGACGUGUUUCAGAACAUCAAGGUGAAGCUGAAACCGCACAUGCUGCGGCAGUUCAUUGCCAACUCGUACUACUUCAUCGCACAGGAACAGCGGCUGUAUGGGCAGGUGCUGGACGGCAUCCGGAACUACGGGCUUAUGCUGAACGACAACAUUGCACGGCGAAAGGAUGAAAUUGGACGGAUGAACAAGAUUGUUUACGCGAUACUGGGUGGUGUGGAGUAUCACAAGCUUACCGUGUGCCAUGCGCGGGAUGCGCUCAACGUCGAAAAGCGAAUACCAUCCGCAACGUUCGAGAUGGCGUCCAAGCGGUGGAUCGAAAACGGUGCCCGGAUCGAGUCGAACGUGCGGAAGCUGGCGGAAAUGGCGGACACGAUCACGAAGCGGUACGAAUCGGUGCUGAAGCGCAGCCGGGAUGCACUGCGCCACGCGCUGCUUCAUCCCCAGCUGGACCAGCACGAUACCUUUGGGUUGCGCAACGUCGAGUGCCGGUACGAGCAGACACGCGCCCGGUUGAUGGAGAAAAUAUUGAACGAAAAAUCACACAUGGACAUGUCGCAGGCCGUGUACGAGUGUCUCAAGCAGCGGGAUGUGUUGCUGCGCGAGCUAGCCUUCCUAGAGCUGCAGCAACAAAUUCUUGAUGUACGCCGUGAGAUACAGGAGAUUGAGAAGGUGGUGUGCAAGGUGAUUGACGUGACGGAGAAAUAUAAGCGGGAUCUGGCCCGGCUUAAGCUGGAGCAUCAGGACGAAGUGUGGAAGAUGCUGUCGGAUUACGGACGAUCGGCGGCUGCUGGGUCGUGCGAAAAUGGUGUCGUCCACUUGGAUAACAUUUUACCCCUGGGAGUGGCGCACACGGAUCCACCGGUCAUUAACAAACCAAACUUUCUGGUCGGUGGUCCAACGACUCCACAGCUACAGUCCACCGUUUCGAACGAAAGCUUUGAUGCGAAUCAGGUGUGCUGCCUGGGCUAUACUGAUCCAAAUGUGGAAGAUUUGAUUGCAGCAAACGAAACGCUGAUUCACACCACAACCGAUCUGUUGUCCAACAGCUUCUCGUUGUUGAAGUUGGCCGAUGGUGCAGAAUGAGUGAAUCAAAUAUCUGUUACGGUUAAUGAUAUCAUGAACGUGAAUUCUUCGCCCGCUCUGGAGGUGUGCCUACUACCAUCAACAAUUGGUGCUAUUGACGGUCGGCCGUCACAUGUUUUGUAUUACCGGAAAUUAUUACAUUAAUAGAAUUCUCAUAUCGUAUCGCACAAAUAAAUAUCUCCAUUGCUCGUU